GCGGAAAGUGCUCGCGUACUCUCUCAGUCGUCCGCUGAGAAAAAGUCGAAAAGUCGGCGCGCGGUCGCGAGGUUUUUUUUUGUACGGUUGUAUUUUCGGGGGUUUGACAAACCACGCGCGCACGCGAGCGUUCGCAGCAGCUAUCAACGGAGGGCAGCAUGUUGCGCUAGCGAUUCUUAAGAAGUGAAGCAGAAGAGAAGGAAGAGAACAGUGCGUUCUAACGGGGUGAAAGCCGCGCGUAGCGCGAGAAGAGUUACACGAAGAGAAUGUUGUUCCCGGGAAAGUGAAAUUUGAGUGAUUUCUGGGAAGUGAAACAGAGUUAUAAAAUCGACAUGAAGUGCAGUGUACUGCUGUUGGUGGCGCUGGUGACGGUGACCUCCGGGCACCGGUCGUACCUGCGCAGCUUCCAGACCCAGGCGUCGAUGGACCCUUGUUAUGACGAGGACCGUCCACGGCGCUGCAUGCCCGACUUUGUGAACGCCGCGUUCGGCGUUCCGAUCGAGGCUUCCUCGACCUGCGGACGGGACAAGCCCGCCCGCUACUGCGACUACCGAGAUCAGCUCGCUCGUAACGAGUCCAGCUGUGACAUUUGCGACGACUCCGAUCCGACCAAGCGGUUCGCGUCGACCGCCCUCACGGACGUGCACAACUCCAACAACGUGACCUGCUGGCGAUCGGAACCGCGCGUCGGCUCCGUAGAUCCGGGAUCCCAACCGGACAACGUAACGCUCACGCUAUCGCUCGGCAAAAAGUUCGAACUAACCUACGUCAGUCUGAUGUUCUGCCCGUACGCGAUCCGUCCGGAUUCGAUGGCCAUCUUCAAGAGCGCCGACUACGGCAAGACCUGGCAACCGUUCCAGUUUUACAGCUCCCAGUGCCGCAAGCUCUACGGACGCCCAACCCGGGCCACCAUCUCCAAGACCAACGAGCAGGAAGCUCGCUGCAUCGACCACAACCGCUUCAACGCCGACGGCGUCCAAGGCUCCCGGAUCGCCUUCAGCACCCUCGAGGGGCGCCCUUCCGCCCAGGACUUCGAUUCCUCCCCCGUCCUGCAGGACUGGGUCACCGCCACCGACAUCCGCGUGGUCUUCCACCGACUCCAGCCCCCAACCACGACCACCAUCCUGAAAACGCAGUCCUCCGAGCAGAUCAAGUACAAAAAGUCCGAGUACAUCUCCAAGGAGAUCUUCACGCCGCCCUCGGCCGGCGUCAGCACGUACGCCCUGUCCGAUUUUGCCGUCGGAGGGCGCUGCAAGUGCAACGGGCACGCGUCCAAGUGCGUCAAGGGUUCGGACGGGAAGCUGGAGUGCGACUGCAAGCACAAUACGGCGGGCCGGGACUGCGAGCGCUGCAAGCCGUUCUACUUUGACCGGCCGUGGGGACGCGGCACCGUGCGGGACGCGAACGAGUGCAAAGUGUGCAACUGCAACGGCCAUGCGCGCAAGUGUCGCUUCAAUCUGGAACUGUACAAGCUGUCCGGGCGGGUUUCCGGCGGGGUUUGCAUCGAGUGCCGGCACGACACGACCGGCCGGCACUGCCACUACUGCCGCGAGGGCUUCUACAAGGAUCCGGCGAAGCAGAUCACGCACAAGAAGGCGUGCAAACCUUGCGACUGUCACCCAAUUGGAUCGUCGGGCAAGAACUGUAACCACACGUCGGGCCAGUGCACCUGCAAGGAGGGCGUCACCGGGUUGACCUGCAAUCGGUGUGCCCGCGGAUACCAGCAGAGUCGGUCCCACAUCGCGCCGUGUAUUAAAAUUCCCCGCGUUACCAUGGUCAACCACCAGGCACAGAAUACCGCACCGGACUCUUACCAGUACGAUCCAGAUGCCAGCGAAAGCACCAAAGAAAAUUGCGGCAAAUGUAGAUUUGACACGAAACGAUUAAAUCUGAAUAAAUUCUGCAAGCGUGAUUAUGCCAUCAUGGCAAAGGUCACCGGUCGCACCACGUCCUCCGGCGGUGUUGGAGGCGGAAUGAAGCAGCAGCAGUACGUGCCCCGGGACGAGGUCCGCUUCAACCUGCAGGUGCAGACCGUGUUCAAGUCCACGAGCCCGUCGCUGGUGGCGGCCAGCCAGCGGAAGUCCCCCGUCGGGCUGCUCGUGCCGAACAAGAACCUGGACUGCCGGUGUCCGAGUAUUAAAAUCAACAAAUCUUACCUAAUACUGGGCAUGGACGCGAAGCAGAGCCCGGACACGCUGUCGCUGGGCCCGAAGACGAUCAUCAUCGAGUGGAAGGACGACUGGAACCGGCGGUUACGACGGUUCCAGCAGCAGUCCGGUUCCGGCUCUUGUUAUUAAAGCCGAAGAGCGGGAGAGCAGAAAACAAGUCAACAGCAGCAGCAGAGAGAACGCGAGAGAGUGGCGAGAGGCAAGUCAAUUGUGUAAGAGAGUGCGAAUGAGAGAGAAUGAGAGAAAUUGGGGUGUUUGGGAAGACUGGUCGCGAAUGCAUGCAUACUUUCACACAAAAACACACAGUUAGAAGCGUAAACGAAGCAAGAAGAUACAAAUACACCCUUACUCAUAUGUAUUAAUUGUAGUGGUUAAGUGGAAUGUGGUAGUGUGAGCAGAGCUGGGAGUAGAGAAGAGCAGAGAGUAGAGCGGUAGCAGGAGAUAGUCUUACCAACAAUAGUAUUUUUUGUCUCUGUCAGUGCCAUUGAAUAUUAAAGUAACACAAACACAAGAAUAAAAACAAAACAAAAACAUGAACAAGAAUUACUGUUUUAACAAAGCAAAACACGCAACUAACACAACCUUGCGAAGGGGCGAUCACGCAGAAAUUGGUGAAAAUACAUAAUGCAAUAAAGUGUACAAUAAUGCAAGUUAAGAGUGUACAAUUAAAGUUGUAAGCAAAAACAAAACUAAAAUUUGUGCUUUUUCUUACAAAAUUCGUCUUCGUCGUCGUCUGGUAGGCUUUACUCAAAAAGAAAGAAAAAACAAAAUCAUCAUCACAACAGUUCAUUAGGGUGUAUAUCUGGAUGUCUGCAAAGCAAAAAAAAAAAAAUCAAGGAAAACAAACAAAAAUAUAUUCCAUUUUCCUGUAAAUAGCAAAAAUGCUUCUUCUUUUGUUCUUUUCCUUCUCUCUAAAGAAGGACUUAUUUUAUUGUUAGGUUAUUGGGAGUUGAAAAAGGUUCAAAUUUCAUUAAAAUUGCGUUUCAAAAGACAUAAUGGGCAUCGCUUUCAAAAAAGAAAUGAAAAUGAUGACUACAGCAAAUUUCUGUAUUGCGCUGAGCAGCUUUUUCUAAGUCUGAAGCAGAGAGAAUUUCGCAUGGUAAUGGUUGCUGUUUAGAUAACUUAAUACAUGAAUUUGAAAAUGGCAUUGCAAGGUUAACUUUAAAUCUUGAAAAAUAACAGAUUUUUUUUAGCAAAUUAAUGUGUUAGGGUAAUGUUUCAGUUAUGCUGUUUUACAAACUCAUUAUAAAAUUAAACGAGAUCCAAAUUAAGUUUUUUUCAAUUCCGUUUUGAAAAGUUUAAUUUCAUAUUCGCAUAUUUAAUUUUAUUCAUUCAUUCAUUUCCCGGUUUUGUAUGCCUCGGUUUAAGGAAGACAUGACCUAAAACUCUAUGAAAAAUUACCAAAACUUCAAAAAAAUAUGAUGUAUUGAAAUCGGGAUGAUUUCAGCUACCCAUUGCGUCAAAAUUAUAUGAAAAUUUUGAUAAAAAUAUUUAUUUUAUACUGAAUUUUGAAAUUAAAUUUGAAAAUAUUAAAUUUAAAUUCUCGAAAAAUAUUCAAAAUUUCAAUUUUUGCAAUUUUUUUCAAGCAUUUCUAAAUUUUUAAAAUACUCAAAAUUUUCUCAAAACUACGUAUUUUCGAAAAAAAACUCUAAAUUUUAGUUUUUUUUAAUAUGGGCAUCAAAUGAUCGAGAAUAUUUCAUACAUUGCGAAAGUAAUACUAUAUUUUUUGAAAAUACUCAUUAUUUUCACAGACCUAUGUAUUUUCGAAAAAAAUGCUCAAAAAAUUAAUAAUUGACUAUCGGUGAAAAAUGAUCGGGAAUUUCCAUACAUUUCGAAAUCAAUAUAUAUUUUUCAAUACUUAAAAAUUUCACGAAAAUACGUAUCCUUGAACUAUUGGAACUGGAAUUUGGAGAUUUUUUUAACUUUAAUUUUUCAUUAGGAGUGAAUGAGAAAAACUCAAAUUUUUAGUAUUUUUUGAAAAUAGGUUUUUUUUUUGAUUUUUUGAAAAUACGUAAUUUUUACAGAAAUACGUAUUUUCGAAAAAAUACUCAAAAAUUAGUAUUUUUUCGAUAAACUUUAAAAUUUUAAUGAAAGUGUAAGUUAAAUCAACUGAAAACCAGUUAAAAUGCAUUUUCCUGCGUUUAUAAUCAUAUUUAGCAUGUUUGAAUUCCUUUGAAAACAUUUUAAGUUUUCAGUCAGACAAAAAGUUUUUUUUUCGCGAAAAAAAAAUUUCGUCGAUAUCUUGAUAUUUUGAAAACUAAUGAUUGGAAAGCAACUGGGCGCGUGAAAGAUGCAUUUUUAACACUUUUUUCAUCCAAAUGUUUAAACCUAGGCUUGAAAUUUCAAUUUCUAUAUUUUUAUAUUUUAUAUACGUAGCUCUGUGAAGAUUUUAAUUAUUUUCAUUUUUUAAUGUUUUCAGUGAGCAAAGAAAUUUUGAUCAUUAGACACCCAUAGUCCGAUAACAAAAAUGUAGAGCAUUUUUUUGUUUCUAAAAUACGUUGAUCAUUUGAUACCCAUAUUGUAAAAAUAAAAAUUUGGAUUUUUUUUAAAUACAAAGUUUUGUGAAAAUUGAGUAUUCCAAAAAACAAAAAAUAAAGAAUUUAAAGAAAAAAUAAAUAAUUUACAGUUGAUUUUGUAUAAAUUUCCUGUUAAAGUUCGUUUUAUGAUUUCGAUAUUUUUUGUGAGUAUUCAUCUCUCACUUUGAUUCGCUCUCAAAAAACUGCAAAGAUAAAGAGAGAAAAGUAAAAGAGAAAGAGAGAGAAACUAAAUGGCGUGAGCAAGGCUUUAAAAGAGAACGAUUUCUGACAGUGAUUGCGUGAAAUUUGAAAAUUUAGACAGUCAGCAUCUACAAUAAUAUUUACUCCAUGGUUGCAUUCCGAAGAGACUGUCAGCAAACGCACACGAACCCAGAAACGAAUCGAAGCCUCAUGCUCUUUUUUUUCUCUCUUUUCCUUCUCUUUCUUGCUCGGGUGGUGCUGGGUGGUGACAGAGCGAAUAUGAGAGUCAAAUGACUGUGAGAGUGACUUUGCGUUGUGCUCAUUCGAAGCGUUCAGUAACCUCUCUCGAAAUGUAGAAAAUUUAGCAAAAGCACUUGUAAUGACAAUAAUGUCCUCAAAUAAGGAUCCACCAUGAUUCAGUGACAAAACUAAAUUGGGUCCCAGAGGUCAUAAAAGAGAAUUUGAAUUUGACAAUUUAAGACACGAAGAGAUUGUCAAACGUAGAUGUGUAAACAAAAAAAAAUCUACGGCAACCAUCACUAUAACAUUUCUCCCUUGCUUCAGCAAACUUCAUAAAAUCAAAUCACGAAGCGCUACAAUUAGCGUGUAAGCGGUCUUAUCGAUGCAAAUUUUAUGUUAAUUAUUUGAUAAAUUUUUAAAGUUUGCGGCGAGCAAAAUCACAUCCAUAUUUAUACCUUGAUUAAUGCACAUAUAUAUCGAACAAUGUGAUCAUACUUCCUGUACAUAUGAAAUCCCACACCUUGCCCACAAAUUAAAUCAUUAACAAAUCAUUCGCUGCUCCUCCUCCAUUUUCCUUAUAAAAAAUAUUGGAUUUACAAAGCGUAACCGUAUCGUAUCGCGUAAACGAGAGCUAAUUAAAAAAAAAGCAAACUUGCAAAUAUAUUAUUAUAUUAUAUGUAAAACACACACACACAAGAUAGCACAAGUCGAUUUCUGUUUAUUAGAUUUUUAAUAAGCAUAUCUCUUUAUGUUGGUACUUGAAUCCGGAAGCAGCUGACGAAAAAAAAAUAAAACAGUAGUGUAGUGUCAAAACUUGUUCCAAACUCUAACGCGUAAAUA